AUGUCACGAGUCUGCGUCGUUGGUGCUGGUGCAGCCGGUCUCUGUGCAGCUCGUCAUCUGCUGGUGACUCCAGGGGUGUCCCAGGUCGACAUUCUAGAGCAAUCGGGACAGCUUGGAGGCACCUGGGUGUACACAGAGAACGUCGGCUACGAUGACUUCGGUCUUCCUAUUCACACCAGCAUGUACAAGAGUUUAAGAACAAACCUCCCGAAGGAAAUCAUGGGAUUCCCAGACUUCCCGGUACCAGAGAGUGAAAAGUCCUACCUCCCUGCAAAAGAUAUGCUCGCAUUUCUCCAGUUAUACUCGGAUAAGAAUGGGGUCACUGAACACAUUAAAUUUAGACAACACGUCCAGUUAAUAAAGCCCAAACAGGGAGCUGCAGGAGAGGUGUGGGAUGUCUCCUACAAAGAUUUAAACACGGGCGUGUCUGUAACAAAUGAAUACGACUACAUUUUCGUGUGCAAUGGCCAUUACAAUACUCCGUUCAUUCCGAAUAUACCUGGACUGAAGCAAUUUAAAGGUGAUGUUAUGCACAGCCACGAUUAUAGAGUACCAGAGGUCUUCGAUGGCAAGCGGGUACUUGUCGUAGGAGCUGGUCCGUCAGGCAUGGACAUCGCUUAUGAAAUCACCUGCGUGACCAAAAAAGUGAUCCUCAGUCAUCAUUUAAAGGAGCAACCGAAAAGCGUAUUUCCCGAUAACCUUAUAAUGAAGCCUGAUAUCACUAAAUUGGAGGGCAAUAAAGCUAUAUUUGCUGAUGGUACUGAAGAAGAUGUGGACGUAGUAUUCCUCAGUACUGGCUACUUGUACAAUUUCCCAUUCCUCCACGAGUCGUGUGGCAUCGUCGUGGAAGACAACUGCGUGGAGCCUCUAUAUAAGCACCUCGUGAACAUCCAGCACCCCACGAUGUGUUUCAUCGGCGUGCCUUACUAUGUCUGUGCCUUCUCCAUGUUUGAUUUGCAGGUACGCUAUUACGUGAGAUCCAUGAGCGGCACCUUCAAGUUACCAUCCCCUGCAGAGAUGAUCCAGCAAUGGGAAGAAGAGAAACAGGAGAGGGCUGAUCGAGGGUACACGAAGCGACAGGCGCAUAUGAUGGGUCCUGAUCAGGAGCGGUAUUAUGCAUCCCUUGCUUCUGAAGCCAAAACGGAAAAUCUCCCAUCUGUUAUAACCAAAAUCCGAGAAGAGAGUUCCGCAAGGUUCCUGCACAAUCUACAAAGCUAUCGACAAGACGUCUAUAAGAUAAUAGACGACGAUACAUACGAAGUCAUAAGUAAUGGGAAGCGAGAAGUUCUUUGUUGA